GUGUCUGUCGGGUCGGCGGCGGGAGCUGCCGGAGCCUAGGUCGGCUGCAGCAGCGGCAGCGGCCGCGGACGCCCGGCCCGGCCCCUCCCGGCUGCAGCAUGGAGCUGCCGGCGGUGGGGGAGCACGUCUUCGCGGUGGAGAGCAUCGAGAAGAAGCGGAUCCGAAAGGGUAGAGUCGAGUACCUGGUGAAAUGGAGGGGAUGGUCGCCCAAAUAUAACACGUGGGAGCCGGAGGAGAACAUCCUGGACCCCCGGCUGCUCAUCGCCUUCCAGAACAGGGAGCGGCAGGAGCAGUUGAUGGGAUACCGCAAGCGGGGACCCAAGCCAAAGCCGCUGGUCGUGCAGCUUCCCUCCUUUGCCCGCCGCUCGAACAUCCUCACGGGGUUGCAGGACCCAGCCGUGGACAACAGGCCGAAGCUGGAUCUUGGCUCCUCUGGCAAGAGCCAGCAGCACCAGUAUGAACUCAACAGCAAGAAGCACCACCAGUACCAGCCCAAUGGCAAGGAGAGCAGCAUGAAGCACCAGUCCCAUAGUAAAGGGAAGUAUUACUACCAGCUGAACAGCAAGAAGCACCACCACUACCAGCCAGACCCCAAGAUGUACGAGCCCCACUACCAGCCCAGCAGCAAGGAGCCGCAGAGCCAAGCCUGCUUGGACAAUAACAAGAGCUCUCUAGUCACCCAUCCGGACAAGUGGGCCCAUGGCCCAGCCAAAAACCUGCUGGGGCCAGUUAAGAACCUCACUGCAGAGAGCAAGAAUGGGGCUGAGAAGAACCUGUCCAGUGGUACAGGGCCUCCGCCCAGGGACAGGGUGACCAGCAAUGGCCUUGGGGGCAAGAUGAAGAUCGUCAAGAACAAAAACAAGAAUGGACGUAUCGUGAUUGUCAUGAGCAAGUACAUGGAGAACGGGAUGCAGGCGGUGAAGAUCAAGUCUGGGGAGCCUCCCCGGAAGCGGGCUACAGAGGAGAGGACUCCUAAGAAGGGUGGGGAUGAGAAGUUGGAGUCUUGGAGAAAGCCAGGGGAGGAGAGGGUGGUGGUCAACAACACCCUGGGCAAAGCAGAAGGUGAGGGCCGACAGCCUGAUGCAGAGCUCGAGGAAAGUCCCAGAAAGACUCCUCUGGCCAAGGAGCUGCCCCUUCCUCCAACGGAGCAGCCCCUGCAGCUCACCACCAAGCCGGACCUUGUGCCCUGGUCCCUGAGUCCCAUCUGUGAGCACAGCCCUUCUUCCAUGGGACUGAACCUCUCCAGCCCCGGAUCGCGGAAGCGUUGCUUGUCGGAGCCGCACACAGAGCGGGAGCCAGGCAAGAAGCGCCUGACCUCCCGCAGCAUCAGUGCCCCCACAUGCCUCAGCCCCCCACCCCCAGAGCGGCCGGAGCAGCCCACACCCACCCAGCCGGAGGUCAUCCUGCUGGAUUCGGACCUGGAUGAGCCCAUAGAUUUGCGCUGUGUGAAACCGCGGGAGGAGAGUGAGCUGGCGCUGGCACAGGUGAAGCCAGAGGUGCUACCAGCACCGGCUGAGAAACCAGCCACGGAGCCUCUGCAGCCCCAGGAGGUUGUAGAGGAGGAGGAGGCUGAGUCCCUGCAGGAAUUCAAGCCCUUCUUUGGGAAUAUAAUUAUCACAGAUGUGACUGCAAACUGCCUGACCGUGACCUUCAAGGAGUACGUAACAGUGUGAGGUGGGAUGGUGGCUGCUCCCCAUGGGAGCUGCCUGCCUGUCCCAGGGUCACCAGUCCCACAGCCUCCCUCUAAGGUACUGGUGCCCCUUCCCUGGCACCCAUGUGCCCCCUUGCCCUCACCAUGAUGGCCAAGCCUACUUCUCUCCACCAAGGGGACAACGGGACAGGGCUGGGUGCUGUGGCCUUCCCUGCCAUGCGGGGGUGUCCUCACCACUGCUCCUGCCCCGCAGCCAGGGUGGGGCUGCCCUGGGCCCUGCAGGUGCCAGGACAGGCAAGGAGGGGGCCUGCCAGUUACUCAGAGUUAUAGUAUUAUAUUUUAACAGUGCUAACUUGUCAAGUGAUUCUUGCUCCCGUUUGUACGUGGUGUUCUUGAACCGUAUUGUUUGAGCUGAAAGCUGGUCGCUCCCUGGCCACGCUAAUAUAUUUAUUUGUAGGUAUUUAUAUAAUGAAAUAUAAAGCCUAGAUUUAUGGAGUCCCCUAGAUCACCUUAUAAACUAUAUCAAACGAAUAUUUUCUGUUCUCCUUUUUAACCAUUCAGCAUUUGUUAGUCUCGUCCCUUCGCCCUCCUUACAACCCACAAGGACCAUCCCUGGUAUAUAUAUUUUUUGAUACUGUACACGUGGUGUUUCUAUGUGCAAAACGAAACGAAAACAGGCAACAGACAAACAGAAGUUGUUAUCUAAAGCUAAACGAGCUAUUAUAGAAACUGCUGCUAUUAGAAAUGUCUAAACUAUAAGCUUCCAAUUAUUAAUUGCUUGAAUGUAAAUAUUAAAUGGAGAUGUUGAAAGUGCA